GAUACUUCUCCAGUUAAUUUUAUUUAUACAUCUGUGCCCUGCCCUGACUCUUAUAAGUUAUUUGUUCAUAAGUCAGUCUGCUUCAUGUUUGUUUUUAAAUGCAGCAACCGAACAAUAAAAACAGACAGAUUGAAUAAAGGGACUUUUAUUUUGCUUCUUGGAGCCUGCCGUGUGGUGACGUCAUAAGAGGUGCGCUUCUUGCGCUGCCGCUCGUCUUUCGGUUGAGGAAAGAUUUUGAGGUCUGUUCCUGUAGAUGCUGAAGAAACAAUCUUAAAUGACACAAUCUUCAUUGAAGUCACUAUCACACCAGUUCAUCUAUAAAUACUGUGAAGAAGUCAAACAAGCAGCUGCUGUCACAACACAUUCAACUACUCUACUAUUCUGAUCCACUGUUGUAAUGAUGGAGUGUGUUAAAGAGGAGACUGAUCCUGAAUCAUUCACAAUAACACCUCAACAUACUCAACAACAAACAGGCCUAAUGGGAGCGAAAGAGGAAGUUCAAAGACAAAAUGAAAUGGAGGAUAAACUUCAGCACCACAAUUUCAUAAGUGAAGAAAAUUCUUUCAUUUGCUCACAAACUGAUGAAGAUUCACCUGACGAAAGAGCAGAAGACAAAAUCUCUUUUACAUGCCAUCUUAAUGGUUUUUUCCUGUAGAUGCUGAAGAAACAAUCUUAAAUGACACAAUCUUCAGUGAAGUCACUAUCACACCAGUUCAUCUAUAAAUACUGUGAAGAAGUCAAACAAGCAGCUGCUGUCACAACACAUUCAACUACUCUACUAUUCUGAUCCACUGUUGUAAUGAUGGAGUGUGUUAAAGAGGAGACUGAUCCUGAAUCAUUCACAAUAACACCUCAACAUACUCAACAACAAACAGGCCUAAUGGGGGUGAAAGAGGAAGUUCAAAGACAAAAUGAAAUGGAGGAUAAACUUCAGCACCACAGUUUCAUAAGUGAAGACAAUUCUUUCAUUUGCUCACAAACUGAUGAAGAUUCACCUGAAGAAAGAGCAGAAGACAAAAUCUCUUUUACAUGCCAUCUUAAUGGUAGAUAUAUCCACUGUUGUAAUGAUGGAGUGUGUUAAAGAGGAGACUGAUCCUGAAUCAUUCACAAUAACAUCUCAACAUACUCAACAACAAAGAGGCCUAAUGGGAGUGAAAGAGGAAGUUCAAGGACAAAAUGAAGUGGAAGAUGAACAUCAGCACCACAAUUUCAAAAGUGAAGAAAACUCUUUCAGUUGUUCACAGACUGAUGAGGAUUCACCUCAAGAAAGAGAAAAAGCUAAAAUCUCUUUUGCAUGCCAUCUUUAUGGUGAGACAUUUACACUAAAAGGACAUUCAAAUAUUGACAUAAAGACUCACACAGGAGAAAAGCUUCAGUGUGAAAAGACUUGCACAAGUAAAAGCCACCUUGAGGAUCAUUUGGUAAUUCAUGGUGGUGUGUGGCCUUUCACCUGCCCUCAGUGUGAUAAGGGUUUUAAACAUCGAAGAAGUCUUAAUGCUCACAUAAAGACUCAUACAGGAGAAAUGCCAUACGCCUGUCCUCAAUGUGAAGAGACCUACAGAGAAAAAAGGCACCUUAAGGAACAUUUAAUUAUUCACACUGGUGAGAAGCCCUUUGCGUGCCCUCAGUGUGAUAAGUGUUUUGUACGAAAAAGAAGUCUGAAUUUUCACUUAAAGACUCACACUGAAGAAAAGACAUACACGUGUGAAACAUCCCCGAAAGAACAUAAAAGGAGUGACAGUGACCAAACGCCUUUCUCUUGCCCUCAAUGUGGAAUGAAUUUUACACAAAGACAAACUCUUAAUGUUCACAUGAGGAUUCACUGUGGGGAUGGGAUGUACACCUGUCCUCAUUGUGGGAAGAGUUUCACAUCAAAAGCACAUUUAAAGAGUCACAUACGAGUUCACACUGGAGAGAAACCUUUCAGGUGCCCGCAGUGUGACAAAGGUUUUAAACAACGUGCACAUCUUCACUAUCACAUAAGAAUUCAUACAGGCGAGAAGCCUUACUCAUGCCAUGUGUGUAAUAAGAGUUUUAGACAAAAAGAAAAUCUUAAGCAGCACGUACGAGUUCAUACAGAUGAGAAGCCUUUUCCAUGCCAUUUGUGUGAUAAGAGCUUUAGACAAAAGCAAAAUCUUAAGCAGCACAUACAAGUCCAUACAGGUGAGAAGCCGUUCUCAUGCCACCUGUGUGAUAAGAGCUUUAGACAAAAAGAAAAUCUUAAGCAGCACAUACGAGGUCAUACAGGUGAGAAGCCUUUCUCGUGCCACCUGUGUGAUAAAAGCUUUACAAUAAAAGAAAAUCUUAAGCAACACAUAGGAGGUCAUACAGGCGAGAAGCCUUUCUCGUGCCAUCUCUGUGAUAAGAGUUUUAGACAAAAAGAUAGUCUUAAGGAUCACAUCCAAGUUCAUACAGGUGAGAAGCCUUUCUCAUGCCAUCUGUGUGAUAAGAGCUUUAGACAAAAGAAAAAUCUUAAGCAGCACAUAAGAGUUCAUACAGGUGAGAGACCUUACUCGUGCCAUUUGUGUGAUAAGAGUUACACCCAUCCAAGAAAUCUCAGAUUGCAUCUGCUGUCUUACCAUUCUGUAGAAAAACCCUAAAAGUAAAACAACAUUUAAAACUGUAAA